AUGCUUCAAUUCUGCAAGCGCUUAGCAUCAAAAGGCCUCAAGGCGACUCUAAUUUGCACAAACGCAAUAACUAGGAAGUGCAUCCAAACUCAAGCCACCUCCAUCAACGUUGAGCACAUUUCUAAUGGAUCCAAUGACGAUGAAAACCUUUGUUUCACUGUUUCACAAAACCUCGCUGAAUUCAUUGAGAAACAAAUGAGUUCUGAUUACCCGCCUAAAUUUCUUGUUUACGAUUCGUUUAUGCCAUGGGUUCUCGACAUAGCGAGAAGAUUUGGCAUCGAUGGAGCUCCUUUUUUCACUCAACCUUGGGCUGUUAAUGCCAUUUACUAUCAUUUCCAUCAAGGGAGAUUCAAAGUUCCUUUGGAAGAGCCUAUAAUUUCCUUGCCUUCAAUGCCACCGCUGAGGAUCAAUGAUCUUCCGUCGUUCAUUAAUGGAACUGACUCUUACCCUUCUUUGUUAAAGUUGGUUGUCAGCCAAUUUUCUAAUAUUGAAGAAUCCAAGUGGCUCUUCUGUAACACUUUUGAUAAGCUUGAAGAUGAGGUAGUGAAAUGGAUGGCAAGUAAAUUCCCAGUGAAGAAUGUUCGGCCAACCAUUCCAUCAAUGUACUUGGACAAGAAGUUGGAGAAUGACAAAGAUUAUGGCCUCAGCCUCUUCAAACCAAGCACUGAUACUUGCAUGACAUGGCUAGACUCCAAGGAAACUGGCUCUGUAGUCUGUGUAUCAUUUGGAAGCUUGGGUGCCCUGGAAAUAGAGCAAAUGGAGGAAGUCGCAUGGGGGCUUAAGAGGAGUAAUUGCAACUUCUUGUGGGUAGUGAAGAAAUCCGAAUUCGAAAAGCUUCCGAAAAAAUUCUGUGAGGAAACAAUUGAGAAAGGUUUGGUUGUGGGUUGGAGUCCUCAAACUGAAGUUCUGGGUCACAAGUCAGUGUGGUGUUUCAUGAAACAUUGCGGGUGGAACUCGCUCGAGGCUCUGAGCUUGGGAGUGCCGAUGGUGGCGAUGCCAAUUUGGACAGAUCAAACAACUAAUGCUAAGUUUGUUGAAGAUGUGUGGCAGGUUGGGGUUCAAGUAGGAGUUAAUGAACAAGGAAUUGUGACAAGAAAGGAGAUCGAGGUUUGUAUAAAGGAAGUCAUGGAAGGAGAGAAAUAA